GAAGAGAGAGUUGCGUCCGUCACGGUCACGACGGAAGCGGCGGAGGAAGAGAGAGACGGGGAGAAGUAGAACAGUCAGCAGCGGUAUUAUAAUCACUACCGUCCACAAACGCAGUGGAGAUUUCAGUAGCGAGCAAUAGCAAAGCAGCCCGCAGUAGAAGAGAUUUUAAGAGAAUCGAGCAGUUCCCCCCAACAACCCAAAUGUCAAAUUCCUAAUCUAUAGCGACGCAAUCCCUCCACCUUCGCACCUAACUCUUCUCCCUUGUUUCGCUUCCGCAGACACGCCAUUCAUCGCCUAGCUCAUCUCUUGAAAAUUUACGACCCCCAUACACCAAAACUGUCCCCUGUCUCCCGAUUUUGUUCCUGGGUUUUGAUAAAUUUGGCAACCUGGGUCCGCCGAGCUCCUCUUCAUGACUUCAUCUCCCUCAGCCAUGGACGUUGAUCCUCCUAAUUACGACCACGUUACAAUCAAUGACAGUGAUGUCCACAGUAUUGUUCUUUCGUACUUGGUCCACAAUUGCUACAGAGAAACGGUGGAGUCAUUUGCUGCUAGCACGGGGAUGAAUCAGCCUGCUGAUUAUCUGGAUGGCAUAGAGAAGCGGAAAAAAAUUUUUGAGUGUGCACUAGAGGGAAAUGCACUCAAGGCGAUCGAUCUGACGGAACAGCUGGCACCGGAUCUACUAGAGAGCAACAAGGACUUGCAUUUUGACCUCUUGAGCCUUCAUUUCGUUGAGCUUGUCUGCUCCAGGAAGUGCAAUGAAGCCCUGGAAUUUGCUCAGACCAAGCUUACUCCAUUUGGCAAGAUGCAGAAGUACGUUGAAAAGCUUGAAGACUUCAUGGCGCUACUUGCAUAUGAGGAGCCAGAGAAAUCUCCAAUGUUUCAUCUUCUCAGCUUGGAGCACCGUCAGCAAGUUGUCGACAGUUUGAACCAAGCUAUUCUUGCACAGGCAAAGCUUCCAAGCCACACUCCAAUGGAGAGGUUGAUACAACAGACAGCAGUGGUCAGGCAACUUCUGAAUCAAGAUCACGCCAAGGAUGGGCAUCCACCAUUUGCGUUAAAGGACUUUCUCAAUGGCUAA